AUGCAGUUCAAAUUUUAGUCGCCACGGAAGCAACAGGUGGAAGGGGACGCAUGCGAGGCCACCAGGUCCGCAAAGAAGCAGGCCUCAGUCAACAAAGUUGUGGGAUGCCUUGCAGCGUAUCCUAAAGCUAAACUAAGCUCGACACCGCCCAUCAUUUAACUAGCUUAGAAGCUGGCGGGCUGGCGGGCUAGUACCCAGGCAUCCGGAGACUAAGGGAAGCUAGAGCGGUCAACGGGAAUGCCAUGUGUACGUAUCCGCUGUAAUAUGUACGGCAGCCGUGGGCACGGUUGUACCACGAUCAGUUCAAUGCAUCGCUCCCGCGCAAGAUCAAGCGCGGCCCGUCUCGCCCAAGCCCAAGCGUCAUACAGUACGUUCAUGAACGACGGGAGCGCAAGGAUUUCCGUUGUAGGCGCUUACGGUCUGAGAGAGACGCGAGGUGGGCCGGGUCGUUGAAUCUGGUGUAAGUGAGUGAAAGAAAACAACAUUCGCCAAGCCAGAGACAGAGGCGGUAACGCAAAUCCAAAAAAGCAACAAUAAACGGUUUGAAGGAAAAGAGAAAAGAGACGACAAGCAAGCUGCCCAUACCGCUAUGCUUAGCUGGGUACCUCUAGCGCUGUACCUAUACUUCAGAACGUGGGAGAGCUGAGAUGGCACAAAGAAACAAAAGAUCGUCGUGGUGCCCCGUGUCCGUGGUUUUGGGUGGUGCGGACCUUGGUCUAGCUGAUCCUGGCUAGUCGGAGCAAGGUCUUGCUUGCUUGUUCCUCGAGCGCCGGUUGAUUGCGUACUAAUUACCUGGUGUUGAUAUGGUUUCUUUUCUUUUUUCUUAUUCUCUCUUUCGCCAGCAACAAUAUGAAC